AUGAGAGGCAGCGGACAUCCGACCUAUUCUCCUAGCAAAACCAAACCCUCGCUUUUGGCUUCUUUCCGAUCGCAAUCUCCUAGCAAAACCAAACACCUCCUCCUUUGGUCUAGUCAAAACCACGGAGACCAUCACGGUUUGCGAGUCGGGCGACGAACCUCCGUGCUUCUCCCCCUUAAUCAGACGAAGACGAGCACCGGAGAAUCUUCACCUUGGUCUCCUUUGUUGCCGACGAUGGGAGUUCCAGUUUUGGAUAGUUUUGAUAUGAGUUUUGAAGAGUGUAGUACGAGUAGUAGUAUGGCUGAAAUGGGAAGAAGGAACUGCAUUCACAAGCGUUCUAAAAGCUUUCCAGACACGAAUAAUUUUGAAGACGAUAGUCUUGAACCUUCUGAACGUGUUAAGUUGGAUAAGGGACACUUGAAGAACUCUAUUUCUAAGCCGGCAAUGGAGAUUAUUAAAGAAAUUGCGGUUUUAGAGUAUGAAGUGUCACAUUUGGAGCGAUAUCUUCUCUCAUUGUACCAAAAGGCUUUUGAUCAAAAAAAUUCAUAUUCAUCCCCAUUAAGAAACAAACAAACAUCAAAACCACCAUUGAUUACACCACGAGGAACGUAUCUUGAAACUUGUAGGGUUGAUAUCUCAUUACAAACAAACUCACGGCAAGAUGUCAAUGCAUGUUUCAAAAAUGAGGAACAAAAUGGACUUUUAGUUUCGGGAGUUCAACAUUGCCACUCUUCGGUAACGAGAACUUGUCCACCCGAGAUUUUUGGCAAAUCUUUACGCGCUUGUUACUCACAACCACCUUCCAUGAUGGAGUAUGAUCAAACAAAUUCUUCAAAUAUAAUUAGUCUAGCGGAGCAUUUAGGCACUCGGAUUUCGGAUCAUGUUUUUGAAACACCAAACAAGCUUUCAGAAGACAUGGUGAAAUGUAUGUCGACUAUAUAUUGCAAGCUUGCCGAACCACCUCUUGGCCUCUCAUCUCCUACAUCAUCUUCAUCAUCCAUGAAUGGUUUCUCACCGAAACAUCACCUAGAUAUGAUGUGGGGUCCGGGGUUUAGAACAGAUUCAAAGUCAUUUGAAGUGAAAUUAGAUAACCCUUUUCAUGUCCAAGGGAUUAAUGAGUUUAGUGGACCAUAUAGUACCAUGGUUGAAGUUCGAUGUCUUUAUAAUGAUAAUCAGAGACUUGGUGAAAUCACACACUUGUUGCAGCAUUUCAGGUCGCUUGUUUCUCGAUUAGAAAAGGUAAAUCCUAGGAAGUUGAACCACGAAGAGAAGCUAGCGUUCUGGAUUAAUAUACAUAACGCGUUAGUGAUGCAUGCUAUUUUGGCUUAUGGGAUCCCACAAAACAAUAUGAAGAGAGUCUUUCUACUGUUGAAGGCGGCUUAUAAUGUCGGUGGUCACAUCGUAAGUGCAGAUGUCAUUCAAAGCACGAUUCUAGGAUGUCGAAUGUUGCGUCCUGGACAGUGGAUUCGUCUGUUAUUAUCUUCACGAACGAAACUUAAAGCAGGAGAUAACCGCCAAGCAUAUGCAAUUGACCAUCGGGAACCCCUUUUGCACUUCGCACUUUGUUCAGGAUGCCAUUCUGAUCCUUCCGUUCGUGUUUACACUCCAAAACGAGUGUGUCAAGAACUAGAAACAGCAAAAGAAGAGUUUAUCAUGGCUACAUUCAGUCUAGGAAAUGAUCAAAGAAUUCUUUUACCAAAAAUCCUUCAUAGUUUUGGGAAAGAUUCAGGAUUAUGUGAAGCUGGUAUCAUUGAAAUGAUCCAAGUCUAUUUACAAGAUAAAUUCAAGAAAAGCAUAAAGAAACAUCAGCUAUCAAAAUCAAGAAAAAAGAUCGAAUGGGUUCCUCAAGAUUUUGCUUUUAGGUAUUUAAUUUCUAAGGAACUUGUGAAUUCCUCCAUUAAUGGAGCUUGAGCUCUUAUUUUUUUCGUGAUUUUUUUGGUUAAUGAAAAUUGUUCUAGACUUCUAGUAAUGUAUAUUGUGGUUACCCUGAUAAUCUAAUUAGUGACUUGUACGCUGUG